UUUACUUUGCCCCACUGUCCCCAGACCCCCCUUUUUAAUGCUGCCUCACAGGCAGCUCCAAAUUCCCCAACAUAAGCUUUCAAUUCAUGCUUAAUUUUCCAUUUUCCACUUUUUAAAACCUUGGACAAGUUCCACCUGUGGAUGUUAUGGGUAAGAAGACAAGGCUGUGAUGGUCCAAGUGACAAUGGAAUAAUUUACUACCUGGGACACUUUUUUUUUUCCUGAGAAAGUGGAUUCAAACUGGAUUUACUGGAGCCGUCACCAGUUAAUUCUUCAUGAGGAGGCUUUGUCUCCAAUUUCAAGUAUCCUACCUGAGAUAGUCUACACGUCACAAUGGCUGAAGGAGCCAAAUCUGCCUCCCACGCUGCAGCCACUGGGUCCAGUGACGGAGCAGCAGCGCUACAGACGAGCUCUCUCAGAUCCAAAGGUCUGGGGCUGCUCAACAAGGUGAAAAUGUCUGUUGAGCUGCUGAUUGCCCUUGCUGCUCUCCUGUCCUGGCUGGUUGUAGGUGUGGUGAUGUUUGACUUUGUCGAGUACAAAGCAGUCCCCGACAUCCAGCAGAUCAUAACGGACCCUGUCCAGGCCGUGAACGAUGCAGCUGAUGAGUUGUCCAGUCUGCUCAAUAAGUUUCAAGAAUGCGCACCGGAUUUAAGUGACCCCAUGUCAGCUGCCAGAUACGCAGCCGAGGAAAUAUCAGAAGCAAAAGAUGGGUUUGUUCGAUAUUUGUCAGAUGAAGAAGGGAACUUCUACCUCAGCUACAUUGACCCUGUGGUCAUUGGUAGACAAGCUUUCCAUUCAACGAAUGACUUCAUAGGUGGAGCACUGGGUUCCUUCAGGGACACACUGUGUGCUGUUGUGGAUACGUCACUGGAAACCAUACAAGAUAUUAAAAAAGGAAAAACUGAUCUUAGCUAUAUUGACCCUGUAAUGAUAGGCAGAGGUGUCUUUAAUGCUACUAAUGAGUUCAUGUGUGGAGUGGCGAGCUACAUCCAGGAUGUGCUCUGUUCCAUACUGGACACUACACUGAAUGUAGUGAAAGGAACCGUCGACAUUAGCUUCAUGGACCCUGUGGUAAUAGGAAGAAAUAUAUUCCACAUCACAAAUGACACAGCGAGUGGAAUAUUUGGCUACAUCCAGGACGUGCUCUGUGCCAUCGUAGACAUGAUAGUGGAUGUAUUCAAAGGAACCACUGACAUUAGUUUCAUUGACCCCGUGGUUGUUGGCAGAAAUGCCUUCAGUGUUACUAAUGACUUUGUGAGUGGAAUAUUUGGCUACAUCCAGGGCGUGCUCUGCGCAGUCUUCGAUGUCAUACUGGACACGUUAAAAGAUAUCCAGCAUACUUUGGGAUUUAGCCCCAUGUCAGUUUUUAAGUCAGCAGUAGAAAUCACCAAAGAGCAGACAAACCUGCUUGUGAGCUACAUCUCCUCAACACUGAUUGGUGAACAAGGAAUCGUGCCUGAAUUGUCCAUCGACCCAAUGAAAGUUGUUGAAGAUGCUGUGUCGGAGCUCACAGACAAGAAGGACUUAUUCUUAGCUUACAUGUCAAGCAUGAUUGUUGGUGAUCAGGGGGAACCUGUCACCACCCCAGGUGUAAAUGUAGUAACAGAAAAAGAUGAAGCUGUACCUUCCCCAUCUGAUAUUAAUUUAGUAAGAAGGAAAGGGGAAUUUCUGCCUCCAUUUGAAAAAGUUCUGAAAGAGGCAAAGGAAAGACAUGCAAUAGAAGAAGUUAAAGAUGGCAUUAUUAAAGAUCUCAAAGCUGCGGCACCUGAGAUGGAGAAGAAAAAAGAUAAGGAAGCCAAAGAGUUUGAAACUGUAGAGAUAAAACCAAAAGAAGUAAAACUAAAGGAGAAGCCCAAAGUUGACACAAAACCUCUUAAACUGAAACAAAAGAAGCCCAAAGAAGAAGAGCCAGUAAAGAAGCUGCUCAGAAAAGAUGUAAAAGAACUGCCCAAAGAAAAGAAAAAAGACGUCAAACCUAAAGAUGAGAGGGAAGUGAAAAAACCUCCCAAAGGAAAAGACGAGGCGAAGAAACCAAUUCACGCAGAGGUCAAAGCAACAAAACCACCUAAGAAGGAAAAAGAUUUCAAGAAGAUUUCCAAAGAAAGGAAGAGGGUUAUGAAACCAGCGACAGAAGAGGAACAAGUCAAGAAACCUCCCAAAGAAGAAAAAGAAAUCAAGAAAACACCUAAAAAAGAGAAAGAAGUAAUUAAAGCUACCAGAGAAGUUAAAGAGGAAAAGGAACCAAUAAGACAAAUAAAAGAAGUCAAGAAACCACCCAAAGAAGAGAAAAAGGUCAGAAUACUAGCAAAAAUAGAGAAAGAAGUAACCCAACCUCCUAAAGAUGAGAAGAAACCACCUACAGUAAAGACGGAACUUAAGAAACUUCCUAAACAAGACAAAGACUUGAAGAAACCCCUCAAAGAAGAGAAGGAGAGAAAACCUCUUAAAGAAGAGCAAAAAUCACCCAAACAAGAGAAAAAAGAAGAGAAACCUGAGAAGGAACAUCUCAGAAAAGAGAAGGAAGAGAAGAAACCUCUUAAGGAAGCAAAACCUGAGAAGGAACAUCUCAAAAAAGAGAAGGAAGAGAAGAAACCUCUUAAGGAAGAGAAACCUGAGAAGGAACAUCUUAAAAAAGAGAAGGGAGAGAAGAAACCUCUUAAGGAAGAAAAGGAAGAGAAGAAACCUCUCAAAAAGGAGAAGGAAGACAAGAAACCUCUUAAGGAAGCAAAACCUGAGAAGGAACAUCUCAAAAAAGAGAAGGAAGAGAAGAAACCUCUUAAGGAAGAGAAACCUGAGAAGGAACAUCUUAAAAAAGAGAAGGGAGAGAAGAAACCUCUUAAGGAAGAAAAGGAAGAGAAGAAACCUCUCAAAAAGGAGAAGGAAGACAAGAAACCUCUUAAGGAAGCAAAACCUGAGAAGGAACAUCUCAAAAAAGAGAAGGAAGAGAAGAAACCUCUUAAGGAAGCAAAACCUGAGAAGGAACAUCUUAAAAAAGAGAAGGAAGAGAAGAAACCUCUUAAGGAAGCAAAACCUGAGAAGGAACAUCUCAAAAAAGAGAAGGAAGAGAAGAAACCUCUUGAAGAAGAAAAGGAAGAGAAGAAACCUCUCAAAAAGGAGAAGGAAGAGAAGAAACCUCUUAAGGAAGAGAAACCUGAGAAGGAACAUCUUAAAAAAGAGAAGGGAGAGAAGAAACCUCUUAAGGAAGAAAAGGAAGAGAAGAAACCUCUCAAAAAGGAGAAGGAAGACAAGAAACCUCUUAAGGAAGCAAAACCUGAGAAGGAACAUCUUAAAAAAGAGAAGGAAGAGAAGAAACCUCUUGAAGAAGAGAAACCUGAGAAGGAAUAUCUCAAAAAAAAGAAGGAAGAGAAGAAACCUCUUGAAGAAGAAAAGGAAGAGAAGAAACCUCUCAAAAAGGAGAAGGAAGAGAAGAAACCUCUUAAGGAAGAAAAACCUGAGAAGGAACAUCUCAAAAAAGAGAAGGAAGAGAAGAAACCUCUUAAAGAAGAAAAGGAAGAGAAGAAACCUCUCAAAAAGGAGAAGGAAGAGAAGAAACCUCCUAAGGAAGCAAAACCUGAGAAGGAACAUCUUAAAAAAGAGAAGGAAGAGAAGAAACCUCUUAAGGAAGAAAAACCUGAGAAGGAACAUCUCAAAAAAGAGAAGGAAGAGAAGAAACCUCUUAAAGAAGAAAAGGAAGAGAAGAAACCUCUCAAAAAGGAGAAGGAAGACAAGAAACCUCUUGAAGAAGAGAAACCUGAGAAGGAACAUCUCAAAAAAGAGAAGGAAGAGAAGAAACCUCUUAAGGAAGCAAAACCUGAGAAGGAACAUCUUAAAAAAGAGAAGGAAGAGAAG